UAUGUAUAUAUACGUAUACACACAUUUCGGUAAAAUAUAGCGGCUCCCACAAGAACCCCCGGCAUCGAGAGAGAGGGAGAGAGAGUAGUGUCUCUGCUUUGCGCGCUCCAUGAACGCAUCGUUCGCGAGCAAGCGGCUCUCUCGAGCUCUGCUCGCCGCUGCUGCCUCCUCCGCUCCCCGCUCGUCGGCGGCGGCGGCGACGACCGUCGCAUCCUCGCUGUUGCACCCGCCGCCUCCGCCAUCUUUCGAGAGCGAUGGCGCAGCCAGGCCUCUCUUUCACUCCCCAUGGUCCGUCCUCCAGCAACGCGGCGUCAAAGUCCGCGGAUCCGACGUAAGACCUGGCAAUGUUGUUGAAAGAAAAGGUUGCAUCAUGAUUGUUGUGAAAGCUGAUCAUAACCAACAGGGCCGAGGAUCUGCCAUGAUACAGGUGGAGCUCCGUGAUGUUGAGAGUGGAAAUAAAACGAAUGCACGGUUUAAUACAGAUGAAUCUAUUGAAAAAGUAUUUGUCGAGGAGAAGUCCUACACAUGCAUGUGCACGAUGGCGGACGAAGUCGCCUUGGUAGACCCUCGGACAUUUGAGCAAGUGGAUGUGAAAAGGGAUUUGUUUGGAAAAGCUGGUGUUUACCUGAAAGAGGAAAUGAAGGUCAUGUUGCGGUUCUUUGACGAUAUACCGUUGUCAGGAUCAGUUCCCAAGCGUGUGAUAUGCACUGUUGUGGAUACUCCACCUCCAUUGAAAGGGGUUUCAGCUACACCUGUGGAGAAAAGGGCUUUACUGGACAAUGGUCUGACGGUGAAAGUACCAGCUUUCAUUGAAAGUGGUGAAGCUAUACUUGUCAAUACAGAGGACGACUCUUACAUGAGCAGCUACCUCCUGGGUCAAAUAUAUACAACCUCACAGUCGCUAGGAAUGUUGACGGGUGCUCCGUUUACAGGGCAAAGGAAUGAUUGCAAGGUAUUGGAGGUUAUGUUCUUGGCUGUCUCCAAAUAAGAUUAAAGCAAACUCUUUUUGAGAUUCUGAAAGUUAGAAGGCCGACGAAUAUGUUCUGAGAAAUAGCUUCUCUAUUGACACAGCAACGGUUCAGUGUCGAUGACGCAGUCUUGUGGAUUUAAUUGUUUGUUGAAUUAACGUGUCGUCAUGAAGGUAUCCAGUGUUAUUCAAGUUUAGGAAUGCUGCUUUUUUUUUAUGAACUUAUGCUUGAAACAUUUGUCUGAAGAGCAUGAAACACGAUCUUUAUGAGAUCCAAAUAGAGAAAAGGUGUGCUACUGCAUUACAUAAA